GUAGUAAAUCCAACGGCGGAUAUGCCACGUAUACAAACCUCCGCCGCCAAAAAGAAACCAGAGGACUCGAAUCCAACGGCGGUUAUAACCGGAUUCAACACGAUUAAAUGUGGACUAAUAAAAUGUUUAAAUCUCUGCGAAAAUCAAUUCAACAACAAAAUGGGUUUUACCCACUUUAUAAGAUCCUUUCUGCUUCUUUUCACUAUUUCUCUUUAUUUUCCUCGCACGCAUUCAUCAAGCUCACAAGAACCAGAAGUUAUUACUAUCGAUGUGAGCCAAACCCUAAAACUUCUUCAUCACGGCUACACAUUUCUCGAUGUCAGAACUGUUGAAGAAUUCGAGAAAGGCCAUGUUGAUUCAGAGAAAGUCUUGAAUGUUCCCUACUGGUUCUAUACUCCACAAGGUCAAGAAAGUAACCCAAAUUUCUUGAAACAUGUUUCGUCUCUCUGUAACCAAACCGAUCAUCUCGUUGUGUUAAAGUGGAACAAAAGGAACUUAAGCACGAUGAGCUCUGAUUCAGAUUAUCCUAAUAUAAUCAUAAGCCAAAAUCUUCAUUCUUCUUCAUCAUUCUUCAUUCAUUUCAUCUUCCCCGAUUUAAAAUCUCCGGCGAUAAUGGAGUCUUACGGUAACCCUAACGAGAAGCAAUCUUCGUCUCUUUACCCAACCGUUGACAUGUCGAAUCCCGAAGCUCCCCUGAACCCUAGUUCCUCCUCUUCGAAUAGCAAUCUAUAUCCUUCGCUCGAUAUGAAUGAUCUCGCCAGUAAUCUCUUCCCUGAACAACCGGAGACGAGUUCUGUCCCGGUUUCGGCUCCUCCCGCAGCGAAGGAGGAAGUAAUUUUGAAAAUCUCCGGCGCGAUUCUCCACCUAAUCGACCAAUCUUACAGCGUCGAGCUCGCCUGCGGAGAUCUCGAGAUCAUCCGACUUAUUCAGGACGGGAAUAUCGUCGCCGUUCUCGCUCGCGUCGCCGACGAGAUCCAGUGGCCGUUGACCAAGGACGAGAACUCCGUCAAGGUCGAUGAGUCCCAUUACUUCUUCACCCUCCGUCCCACCAAGGAUUUCGGAACUAAUUUGAGCGACGAAGAAGACGGCGGAGCCAAAAAAACUAAGCGGAAGGAAGAAGAGAACGAUAUGUUGAACUACGGACUCACAAUCGCUUCGAAAGGUCAAGAGCAUUUGCUGGAGGAGCUUGAGCAGAUCUUGGCGGAUUACAGCUGUUUCACGGUGCAGCAAGUCUCCGAGGAAGCCAAGGAAACAGGUGAAAAGGUUUUGGAUGUGACGGUGGCGAGAGAGACGUCUCCGGUUGAGCUUACAGGGGAGAGGAAAGAGAUCGUGGAGAAGCAAUGCGCGGCGUAUUGGACGACUCUAGCUCCGAAUGUUGAGGAUUACAGCGGGAAGACGGCGAAGCUGAUUGCAACUGGCUCCGGUCAUCUGAUCAAAGGGAUUCUCUGGUGUGGAGAUGUGACUAUGGAUCGGCUCAUGUGGGGAAACGAUUUCAUGAAACGGAGGCUGAGUAAGGGGGAGAAGGAGAGAGAUGUUCACCCUGACACCUUGAAACGAAUCAAGAGAGUGAAGAAAAUGACAAAAAUGACAGAGAAUGUGGCAAACGGGAUUCUGUCUGGAGUGAUCAAAGUUUCAGGGUUCUUCACAAGUUCAGUGGCAAACACCAAAGUUGGAAAGAAGUUCUUCAGCCUUCUCCCUGGAGAAAUCGUUCUUGCAACUCUUGACGGAUUCAAUAAGGUCUGCGAUGCUGCUGAAGUAGCUGGAAGGAACGUGAUGUCAACCUCUUCCACUGUUGCAACCGAGCUUGUUGAUCACAGGCAUGGUGGUAAAGCGGCUGAGGCGACAAACGAAGGGCUUGAGGCAGUGGGACAUGUCUUUGGAACAGCAUGGGCUGCUUUCAAGAUCAGAAAGGCUAUUAACCCAAAGAGCGUUCUCAAGCCUUCGACGCUUGCGAAAUCCGCCAUUAAAUCUGCAGCUUCACAAAAGAAAGCCUAG